UCAACCAAAGAACGCGAAAACGUACCGGUCAAAGUUCGUGGCUGGACACCCCGGAUUCCUCUACUCAAGAAGACAGUAUGGGUGAAAAUAAAGAUUUUUCCGUUUCUUUGCAAGAAAGUAAGGUUGCGUAUAUACUCAGCAACGUCGCAGAAGUGGUGGAGAAAAUAUUGACUUUUGUACCAACGAAGUCGCUUCUCAGAAUCGCCAGUGUGUGCAGGCUGUGGAGGAAUUGUGCCCGAAGAGUGCUGAGGACUCAGCAGCAGUUGGCCUGGGUGUCGGCCAGUGGUCCAUCCAACAAUGAUCUCCAUGUUCUCUGUAGCAUCCUGGCUCAGGAAGUGGAGAAUGUGUUCCUAUUGCCCAAAACAGUUCUGACAAUGGUUGACAGUGAAAGCUUUAACGGACAAGCUUAUUGCUACAGACAAAGCAAAGCAACAAAGUGCCGCCACAGUCCAGACACAGUUGAAGAACUUACCAUGCUGUUCCCCAAAGGCUGUGACAUCAUGGGCGUUGCCACACCAGGCAUCAUCUUGACUCCCAGUGGCUCGUGUUCCACUCCUCCCCAGGAGUACCAGGAGGGAGAAGCAGGCUAUGCCAUCAUGUUCCCCAGCAUGGAGGGUGUCAACAUCAGGCCCUUUCAUUUUUGUAAGAAUUCCUUCUCCCAAACAGCCCUGAAAGAAGCGGGUCUAGUUGAUAACCCAGAGCUGCGUGUGGUACUGAUAUUUGUCUAUGAGGCAUUUAAAUCUGGUGGUGCACACUUCCUCAACCAGAUCCUGGAACCGCUGGCCCAGAGCAAAGCUCUUACUGCUGGAGGACUCGUCGAAAGUGUUUUUUCUCCUUCCAGACAGUGCUGUAGCCAGGGUGCAUAUGGUGCGGUGGGCCUGGCCUUCAGUGGCGCCAAGGUUCAGGGGGCAUCCGUGCUUUUGGACCAAGAUAUCAGCAGCUCGAAGGCGGCUGAGGCCACGAUCCGAAGGUUAAAAGCAGCGAAAAUUCCAGAGAGGAACACCCUAGGGUUCAUGUUCGCCUGUGUGGGAAGAGGCCAGAACUACUACAGCAAUCAGAGUAAUGUUGAAGCUGAUGCCUUUCGCAAGGUGUUUCCCAACACUCCACUCUUCGGCCUGUUUGGAAAUGGAGAGAUUGGAUGCGAUCGGAUUGUUAAAGAUGACUACACACUGUGUGACACUGACUCGGAUGGUCUGCAGCAUCAGUACACGACUGUCAUGACUCUGGUCCAUCUGGGUUGAUAACGGACAUUGUCUGAGGGAUAAAACAAUGUAUACCUGUUUGGAACAGCAGGCGGGAGCUGUUGGAGUUGUGUGGAAUAUAAUGCUUGUACCAGUGCGUUUAAAAACACUGAUGUUAGAUUUGUAUUCCCAAACAGGGAAAAUUUUGUCUUGAGUUGUCAGUGUCGUGGCAACAGUUUGGUUAUUGUAUUCCUUGGAGACUUCAAGUAAACAGUUUACAUGUUAUAAUUAGAGAGUUUCACAAAGUUCAGAUAGCACCUGAAAAAAAAACUAUACUUUUGUUUCAAUAUUCAAAUGUAAUAUAGCAACUCUGUAAAAAUGCAUGUAUAUAUUUUUUUCCCCAAAUUGUGGAGGUUCAUGGCAUAUUUUACCUCUGAUAUAAACUUUGUGUUUUCUUUGCAGAGGAGCGACUUCAACACUCAUGUUUGUCCCAUGUUGAUGUUGGAGUUGCAUCUGAGCAUUUGUACAAUAACUUUGACCAAGACUUUAGUAUUUCCUACUUAUUUGUUAGCAGAAAUUAGCAAACCACUGACCUUGAUGGUCAGUGAGCAUAGCUUAUCGAUGCUCUGUUAGUUGUUAUACACGAGGAACCCCCCCCCAAGCUUUUACAGACUUGUACUAAUUUGCCAAACAAAUGCUUUUAGCCUGCCAUUUAAAGCUACAGUGUGUAGAAUUUAAGGGUGUUUCUCAGCAGAAAUGGAAUAUAGCAUCAUCACCUGUACAUUAGUGUAUAAUUUACCUGCAACAAGACGAUGUUUUCUUAAAUUUAAAAUGAGCUCUUCAUAUCUCUCUUUGAGUGGGCCCCCUCACGGAAAACGUCAUGUUGAGACAGUAGCCUAAAUAGGACCUGCAAUACUUUCACUUUUUGCAGCAUGGCCAGAAGACUGAAGGAAAAAAAAAGAGGAAUACAAGGUUGCUCCCUUGUACAGUCUACUGAUUGCUAGUGCAAGUUAGCAAGUUUGAGCUACCUAAUUUUGUUGAAUUUGGAAUCAUACAUAUUGGUUAUCAUAAGAAAAUGCAAGACAUGAAUCCUCAUUGCCAAAGA